AACAUAGCGAUGCGUUUCACUGGACACAAACAAUCUCCAAAUGGCAGGGGCCUUGUGGGUGUAAGGUAGGCAUCAACGGGAUCGUAAUAUGACUCAUGCUACCUUCGAGCAGGCCCAAAACUUGGACGAGACCGCAUUUCCACACGUUCACACAUAAUUUACCCAUCGAGUCACGCAUUUAUCUGAAAGUGUAGUCUCGCGCGCCGAUGCCCCUGUGCUUAUGAAAUGGAACCUAAUGACUACUCCGUCGUGAGCGCAGAGGUACAACCGGAUGAGGAGAUGGAGGAAGAGCCCCUGUACGAGGAGCUUUCCCCAGACUUUGAGGAUGUCCUCGGCGCAUUCAAGACGAAGAAUCCCGCGGAGAACCGUAUUCAAAGAAGAUUCAUCCAUGUCUCUAGCAAGAUGUCCAAGUUUCGCAAGACGAUCGAGACUGUCCUUAUUGUUCAUGGCUGGGAGACGCCGGCGAAAACCGUACCCAUGAGUCUUAUCGUCUAUGGUGUUGGUCUCAAUUGUCAAGCCCGCGAGUUCCGCAUUCGUUCUACGAGGAUUUGGCUUGCUUUCUACGAAGAUGAUAAAGCUGAUCCUCCAAAUGAGGAGCUAGCUGCUCCAGAAGUAGUUGCCUGGGCCCCUUUCGUGCAGCAAAACCAGUGGGGUGAAACCGAAGAGACGAUCGAGAAAACCAACAUCAGCGCCACCGCGGGAAUCGAUCAUGUUGCCAAAGCCGACGCGAAUAUGGGAAAAGAAAUCACCAGCUCGUACACACGCAAGCAUUUUGACCGUGGAUCCACCGACAGACUUGUCCACAAUGACAAGCCCUAUGGAAUCAGUUGGUACUGUGAACAGAAUAACUUGGAAAAGUACGGGGUCAAGCCACACUUCCACAUCGCGGUUCUAUUGAAAAGAUCUCACACAACGACCAACGAACCUAUCACUUUCAAAGCCAUCUUCGACAUGCGAAUCGACGCUGGUCUUAGCCACGACUUCGAACAAGGUCUCCGCAGGGCGUUCAAGCUCUGGAGACCCGAAGACGAACCCAUAUACUACGAUCCAGCAAUGCAGGAUCAAGUUGGCGGGUCUGGGGGCUCGGGUGAAUCUAUCUACAAGAAGGUGAAGAAGGACAGUCUUGGAGAGCUAGCGCGUGGCAACACACUCAGCGCCUUGCUUGAUCCUAAUGGCACGCUAUCGGGUCUCGAACCAUUGAAGCCGAAAAUAGUCUGAAUGUCGUAUUUGCGUAUGUCUUAUUAGUACUUGACACAAAGGUAUUUAGCCCUUGCUUAUUUGAACCAACUGGUAUAACCAUGAUGGUCAGUCAUCUUGGGAAUCGCUGUAUAUAGUGCUAGGUUAGGUCAGGUCAAGUCAGGUCUGAAGGAUAGAAUCCAAGAACCCAGGCGAGACCUUGAAGAUUAUUGCUUAAUAGAAGUCAACCUUCCAAAUCCUAAA